AUGGCUUCCUCUAUCCAACUCCACCGUAUGAACCCCAUGAACCACCCCGCCGCCCGCCGGGCGGCGGCGGCGGAGCCGAAGCCGGCCCGUGUCUGCCCCGUGCCGCAGGACGUUCCGGCGGCGCCGGAGUCCGUCCUCCGCCGCCACACCCACUCGAUCGCCGCCGGUCAGUGCUGCUCGGCGGCGGUGCAGGCGGUGGACGCGCCGGCGGAGGCCGUGUGGUCCGUGCUCCGUCGUUUCGACCGGCCGCAGGCGUACAAGGUAGGUUUGUAA